CCUGCUGGACCUGGUGGGAGCACGGCUGAAGAAGCUGCGUGAGACUCUGGUGGCGGUGCAGCAGCUGGAUCAGAACAUGAACAGUCUGAGAUGCUGGCUCGCUCACAUCGAGACAGAACUCUCCAGCCCGCUCGUGUUCGAGAGCUGCGACGCCAACGAGAUCCAGAGGCAGCUGGACCUGCAGCAGGAGCUGCAGCGCGACAUCGAGAAGCACAGCACGGGCGUGGCGUCGGUUCUGAAUCUGUGCGAGGUCCUACUGCACGACUGUGACGCCUGCAGCACGGACGCUGAGUGUGACUCCAUCCAGAGCGCCACGCGGUGUCUGGACCGCCGCUGGAGGAGCAUCUGUGCCCUGUCCAUGGAGAGGAGGCUCAGGAUCGAGGAGACGUGGCGUCUGUGGCAGAAGUUCCUGGAGGACUUCUCCCGCUUCGAGGAGUGGCUCGUCUCCUCGGAGAGAACCGCGGCGCUGCCCAACUCCUCGGGGGUCCUGUACACCGUGGCCAAGGAGGAGAUGAAGAAGUUCGAGUCCUUCCAGAGGCAGGUCCAUGAGAGCCUGACCCAGCUGGAGCUCAUCAACAAACAGUACCGGCGCCUGGCCCGGGAGAACCGCACCGACACCCUCUGCCUCCUGAGGGAGAAGAGCCAGGGAGCCAACCUGCGCUGGGACGCCCUGCAGAGGAGGGUCAACUCCAUCCUGAGACGACUCAAGCACUUCACAGGUCAGAGGGAGGACUUUGAGACGUCCAGAGACUCCAUCCUGGUGUGGCUGACGGAGAUGGACCUGCAGCUGACCAACAUCCAACAUUUCUCAGAGUGUGACAUCCAGGCCAAGAUCAAGCAGCUCAGGUCCUUCCAGCAGGAGAUCUCCCUCACCACAGGGAGGAUCUCUCAGAUCUUCCAGCAGGGGGAGGCUCUGAUGGAGAAGAGCGAGCCUCUAGACUCCGCGGUGAUGGAGGAGGAGCUGGAGGAGCUGCAGAGGUACUGCCAGGAGGUGUUCGGGAGGGUCGAGCGGUACUACAGGAAGCUCAUCCGCCUGCCGCUGGCGGACGAAGACACCGAGGUCUCUCUCUCGGACCGGGAGCUGGAUCUGGAUGAGGCGUGCGAUGUGUCCGGGGGUCCGUGGGGGGGGCGGCGAGCGUCUGGGGGAGGCCUGCUGUCGCCCCUCCCGUCCUCUGGGGGGCGCUCUGCUAAUCUGAGAGGAGAGCGAGGAGAGAGGUCCGGCAGAGACACACCGGCCAGCGUGGACUCCAUCCCUCUGGAGUGGGACCACGACUACGAUCUGAGCCGGGGACUGGAGAGAGAGACGGAGAGAGAGGAAGGGGACUUCCUGCUGAGAGGUGAGGACACACACUGAGACACACACACUCUG